UGGGGGGCGUGGCCUCGUAGGCUUCCCCGAACGAGGGCGAGAGAGAGAGAGAUGGACUCGGACCUGGAGCUGGACGACGACGACGAGGAGGAGCCAGAGCCGGAAGAGGCGGGGCUAACCGUGCCGACGUCACCCGAGCCUGGCGUCCAUUCGGCCUCCUCAUUGGUCCGCCUGGAGCAGGAGGCCAAGCGGCGGAGGCGAUCCGAGUUGCAGCAGGAGAAGGAGCGGGCCGCCGCCAUCAUGGCCGGAAAGCAAGGUAUUGAUGAGGUGCUGGACCUGGCCGAGUACACCAAGAGGCGGCCCUGGUGGCGAAAGCUCUUUAAGCCAAACUCGGGGUCCAGCGCGGAAAAAUACAGCGUUGCCAGCCAGCUGGCCAUUGGAGGAGCCACAGGAUGGUGCACUGGCUUCAUUUUCCAGAAGGUUGGGAAGCUGGCUGCGACUGCCGUGGGAGGCGGCUUCUUUCUGCUCCAGGUUGCCAAUCACACGGGAUACAUCAAAGUCGACUGGAAAAUGGUUGAGCGAGAUGUGAACAAAGCGAAGGAGCAGUUGAAGUUCCGCAGCAGCCCUAACACUGAGCUACCGCCAGAGGUGAAGACCCGAGUGGACGAGGUGAUCCGCUUUUUGAAGAAAAAUGUUAUCCUGACUGGAGGGUUCGUUGGAGGGUUUCUGCUUGGCUUGGCGUCUUAGGAGCCGACCAGAUCAAGCUGCUCUACCGUUCCCUGUACAACUGCCAUUUCCUCUCCAGUUUCUGACUCCAUUGGCAGACUUGUCUGCAGGAACAUUCUCCCUCUUGAAUUGUCUUCCUCUUUGUACAUGCAUCAUUGCUGCCAAAAAUAUCGUCCUUGGGGCUUUCCCCAUUUUAAUUUAUUGGCUGGUUGGUGGGAGGAAGGAUUAGACUCAAAGUCAGUUAUUACCAUACUGGAUACUAUCGGUACCUUUUAGAUCUUUCAGAAUGUCCCAGUGGGGUGACCUAUUCAAAAUAUUGUGGCUAUCCGUAUAAUAAUCACUCCCUUGUCUUUAUAUGCACUUUCUUGUUUUGUUUAUUUUCUUUCAAGCCCAUUCUGGGAGGACAAGGGAGGAUCCGGGCCCGUCAUGAAAUAAUAGUAUUUAGCAUUUGCCUGGUUCUUCCUUGAACAGGCUCUGUAUACUGCUCGGCAGAGCCAGAGCUGGAAAACACAGAUCCUCUUGGCAUUGCACAAACUGUUAUUUAUACCUCUGGCUGAAUCCAGAGAGCUGGAAUGACAUGUGGAAACUCUGACUGCUCUGCUGUAUUUUCUGCUGUCCUCCAGCUGAAGGAGGACUGGCAAGCAGGAAGAUCUUUCUCCCUAAAAGUAUUAUUUAGAAUGCUCACCAGUCAUAGCCUUGGAUGGAGUAGACAUUAAAGAUGAACUAUGCUCUCGGUGGUGGUGAGGAUAGAAGAUGACUUGCUAGAGUUGGGAGGCUUUUUAGAUAAAAAUGGUAUUUUUAGCAGCUGCCAUUGUGAAAUGAGAGUAGAAUUGCAUAUUUUCUGCCACUUUCUUUCAUAUGGUACUCUCGCUCCAUGAAAUGGUAUGAAGACCAGAUUGAGAAAUGUUGGUUUAUCUCUGCAGGAGAUCUGUGUUAGGUGGAAGGCUAAAGUUUGCAUUUCUCCUGAUACUUAUGGGCUAUAUUUCCAAUUCCUCCAGCAUAUAAUUGUUUUUCCAGUCACUGCAGGAAAAUAUAUUAAUUCAUUGCAUGCACAUAUACUCAACAACAAAUACCCAUAGCUAGUUAAUAGCUGUGGAUAGGAGGGAGUUGCCCAAGCAAUAUCAAUUUAGGGUUCUAUAGAUGGGAGAAAGCAGAUGCUUAGUGUGUAUUUUCUCUUGCAGUUCCUGCUUUGAUAUCCCUUGCACUAGGUCAGUCUGUUCCAGCAGACAUUGUUUUAAGUUUUCAUGAACUAGAGGCUCUUUAAUCAUGUAUUAAGAAGUUGUAGUUCAGGAAGUUUUGCGCCACAAUAAACCUCUUCCUUUAUUGGGUGUUAUAGGAUAGUUGUAUGUUUAACUGUUGCUGAACUUGCCAAAGCUUUGGAAGAGGGAAAACAUCAAUAACUUGUUUUCCUAGAGAUUUUCAGUCUGUUUUGAAAACUUAUACCUAAAACUGUAAUAAGACAAAUCCCUUGGUCUCAUUGCAGAAUCAAUCCCUUCUUCAAAUCAUAUAAAAUAUGUGCUACUUCUCUUGGCCAUACAGAAGUUUUUGUUAUACCUACCAAGGUUAACAACCAAGGCUUACAUGAUCUGGAAUAUGAGAUUGGGCCAUGCAUGGUGAGGUGAACAGUUGCUUCAUGUGGUCCUCCCUCUUGGCAUGGGUUUCCCAUAGCUUUGGAUAAUCACCAUUACUAUUUUAGCUGAGAGCCUUUUGAGUGGAUUGAAUGAAGGGCCUUCUAUGUGCAUAGCAAGUGCGCUACCACAGAGCUCUUCAAAUCCUCUUCAAAUGAUGUAAGCGAUCGCUUUAAUCUUCAGAGAGAUGGGAUGGGUGAUCCCUUGCACCUAAAAGAUGUUGACAACAUGAUAGGACUUUCACAAUUCAAUGUUGGAUGUGGCAGGAAUAAAGCUGGCAGGAUCUGGGUUGUCUAUACAUUUUGUGUUUGGAAAUAACUCAUAGUUUGGGCUAUUAAAAUGCCUCAAAUGUUAAUGACAUUGCUGCAAAAGCUUGCUUCUGCCAAAAAAAGAAAAAGGGAAUUGCCCCAUUUUCUUUUUUCCCCCCAGUCCAUUUCGAUAAUUGGGUGUUGUCAGUUCUUUUGUGCAGUUUUUGCCAUAACUGCUUCAGUGACGGUUUCUAGGCCUUAAUAACUAUCUAGCAGCUGACCCAUAUGAAAAGUCCCCCAGUCCCACUAAUGUUUAUCCAAAGUACUGAGUGCAGUGUCUUUAGUGAAGGGACAAUCUCACAUCAUUGUGUUUGGGGUCACAAAAAGAAGUUCAAACCCAGUAACCAGCUGCACUUAGAGAAACACUUAGGUUUUUACAGUGUUUUUAUAUGGUAUUUAAAUUAAAUGUUUGCGUGGAGUGAGAAUACAAAAUAAACCAUUUUUGCUGAGCUUC